AUGGACCGACCUGGCACUGACGUACAGCAGGCUGAGAAGAACCUUCAAGAUGCAUGGGAUUCCUGCUAUGCCCGGUCACAGAAGAACAAGUCCCUAAUUCUGACCUAUCUCAUUCCAUGCCGCCUUAUCACACAGCACGCCAUACCCUCAGCUAAACUUCUAGCCGAAGCUCCAGGCCUAGCACGCCUGAUUGGACCGCUCGUAGCGUGCAUCAAGAAAGGUGACCUGACAGGAUUCGAUAGAGCGUUGGCAGACGGCGAGCCAGAAUUUGUUCGAAGGCGCAUUUUCCUUACUCUGGAGCGAAGCCGCGAUAUCGCCUUGCGCAAUCUCCUGCGCAAAGCCUACCUUGCUGCUGGGUACGACGAUUUGAAAGAGGGUCAGACGGAGAAGGAUCGAAUAAGGAAGUCAAGAAUACCCCUGUUACACUUUGCAACGGCAUUGAGGAUGGGCAUCGCUGGCGAAGGCAGCGGCCAGGCUGUGGAGGACGAUGAGGUCGAAUGCUUAUUGGCAAAUCAGAUUUUCAAGGGGCUCAUGAAGGGCUAUAUUUCGCGAGAGCACGCCAUGGUAGUCAUGAACAAGAAGGGCGCGUUUCCCGGAACAGGGGUCUGA